CAGGCGUCGGCCAUUUUGUGAGCGAUCGUCGCCUCUGCCGUCGCCGCUGGUUGCGCUCCGUUCCCUGCCCCGACCCGGGUCUCCUCUGCCGUCCAGGCCUCGCCGCUUUGGCUAGUCUCUUUUUUCCCUCCUUCACUGCUGGACCUGAGAAAGCCCCGGGCGAACCCAGCCGCGGCCUUUUCCCCCCGAGCAGCGCCCAGCCACAGAAUCGCAUGUCCACUAUCCAGAACCUCCAAUCCUUCGACCCCUUUGCUGAUGCAACUAAGGGUGACGACUUACUCCCGGCAGGGACUGAAGACUACAUCCAUAUAAGGAUCCAACAACGAAACGGGAGAAAAACACUAACUACUGUUCAGGGGAUUGCAGAUGACUAUGACAAAAAGAAACUUGUGAAAGCGUUCAAAAAGAAAUUUGCCUGUAAUGGUACUGUGAUUGAGCAUCCUGAAUACGGGGAAGUGAUCCAGCUGCAAGGUGACCAGAGAAAGAACAUUUGCCAGUUCCUUCUGGAGGUUGGCAUUGUUAAGGAAGAGCAGCUGAAGGUUCACGGCUUCUAAAAUGUGUGUGCUUACAUGAAGAACUCUGCAGGUUUUGUUCUUACCCGAGCUGGCUACUCUGUGAAAUAUGAUUCUUUGCAGUAAAUGGACUUCCCAUUCAAAUUCUGAUUUGCUUUUGCAUGACUACAGAAAACAUACGGAGUGUAGACUAGAAACACAUAAGAAAACUGCAGUAAGAUGGUAACAAAAGAUCCUUGAGAAUUUUAACACAUUUCCAAUGGAAAUGUUUUACUGCUGAUAGUUCAGUGUAUUACUUUUCACCUGAUUUAAGUGUUGUAUUAAAACCAUGUGUGUUGCAGCUUAAAUAAAACGUCUGUUAUCUUA